AUGGAAAAAGCAACAGCACAAGGAGGCGGGAACCAGAGGAAGAGGGACGGAGCGCAGAACUCAAAAGGACUCACGGAAGAAGAAGAAGAAGAGGGGGAUAGAAAGGGAAGAUGGAGAAGAGGAGGUAGCGGAGGAGGAGAAGAAGAAGCAGCACCAGAAGAGGAGAAGAUGAAGCUGCAGAUCGGCAAUGAAGUCAGAGUAUUUGUUGUGGCUGGACGGGAGGUCAAGGCGGUCCCAAGUUGCUUUCUGGCUCUACCAAAGCUCGGGCGUCUCGCUCAUGCAUCGUCUAGAUCGGUCGGGAACUUGAAUGCAACAUCAGAAGUACUAGCCGCGGUCCAGCACAGCCGACAGCUUCAAGGUUCUGACACACGCGGAGAGGAGGAGAUCAUGGGGACAGGAACGGGGCAACAAGCAACGAUGGAGCUUACUGCCGGCCGUUACAAUGCUGGAAAACUUCCCGCCGACCAGAACCACCGCAAAUUCGGUAUCAUCGCCAAUCCUUCACCCAUUGCAAGCCCUUGUGCAGUCAAAACCUCAAUUGGAGCUGAAACAGUCUCCCCUCUUUCCACAUCCUGGUUGAUCUCUGUUGCACAACGCCCGCCGCUGCAGAGGAAAUAUUCCGAUCGACAGAGUACAUCGCUACCACAGACUAACCAGGACAGCCAAUAUCAGAAGCAAACAGGCCUCUUCAAGGAAGUGGCAACUGAAAAACAAAACAUAUACCCUCUGUAUACCUAG